AACAGCUGCUCCAACAACAACAACUGUCCCAACCACAACAACAGCUGCUACAACAACAACAACUGCUGCUCCAACCACAACAACAGCUGCUCCAACAACAACAACUGCAGCUCCAACAACAACAACUGCAGCUCCAACAACAACAACAACAGCUGCUCCAACAACAACAACAACAGCUGCUCCAACAACAACAACUGUCCCAACCACAACAACAGCUGCUACAACAACAACAACUGCUGCUCCAACCACAACAACAGCUGCUCCAACAACAACAACUGCAGCUCCAACAACAACAACUGCAGCUCCAACAACAGCAACAACAGCUGCUCCAACAACAACAACUGUCCCAACCACAACAACAGCUGCUACAACAACAACAACUGCUGCUCCAACAACAACAACUGUCCCAACCACUACAAUAGCUGCUAUAACCACAACAACCGCCCCAACCACUACAACUGCUGCUCCAACCACAACAACAGCUGCUCCAACAACAACAACUGCAGCUCCAACAACAACAACUGCAGCUCCAACAACAACAACUGCAGCUCCAACAACAACAACAACUGCUGCUACAACAACAACAACAGCUGCUCCAACAACAACAACUGUCCCAACCACUACAACAGCUGCUACAACCACAACAACUGCCCCAACCACUGCAACUGCUGCUCCAACCACAACAACACCUGCUCCAACAACAACAACAACUGCUCCAACAACAACAACUGCAGCUCCAACAACAACAACUGCAGCUCCAACAACAACAACUGCAGCUGCUCCAACAACAACAACUGUCCCAACCACUAC